AUGCCGCAGGGCACUAACACCACCAUUCACAACCUUCCGCAAGCCUUUGCAGUCGCUCUCGAGCUUGUGCAAGUUACUGGGCUCAACGAUGCCUGGCACGAUGAGUCUCUACGUCGGGUUCAACAACUGGCGAUGAAGUUCAAACAACAGCUGGAAAAGAACGAGUCGUGGGAGAAGCUGCUUGCGUAUCUUCUUCAUGCACCACAGGGGCGUCCUCUCAUGGUCUGCCUCCUUCAGACUGCAGCUACCUCCAAGCUCACCCCGACCGUUCAGUCGAUCAUGGCCAGAGCAUUGAUGGAAGCAUUGAGAUCAAACGCCCAGUCUUACAAAGAUGUCCUAAGGCCUGCCCUGCUCUCGAUUGCCACCUCUACUUCCUGGCCAGACUUGCACGAAGAUCUGAGGAUUCCAGUCACCACCUGGUUUUGUCGCUUCUCCCAAACAGACGACGAAGCACCGGAGUCCAUCACAGCUAUGAAAGAUGCGCUUCGCCAAGACAAUGAUCGAAAAUCAUCUAUCGAGCAUCAAGUCGGCAAGCUACUCAUGGGUGUCGAUGGUGCAGAUCUAUCAGCCAUGUCAGAAGUUGCACCAUCAGUGUAUGCGUCUUUGAAUGAUGAUGACAAGUGCCUUGCCUGGCAAACGCUGGCAAAUCUGGCCGAAGUAAAUACCGCUGCAGCCAUCGAGACUGUUAUACGCCUCAUUGAGCUACCGGAACUACAUGACACCAAACGUCCCCGAGUUCUGUCUCUGCUCGCGGCGCGAGCCUGCCUGGAGAGGGCCAGACCGGAAGCCCGGUAUUUCUCGCUGAGCCUCUCGACAUUUGGCAAGCAUUGCCUCUCGUCGCUGCACAGCUCUCUUCGGGAAUUGAGAAUAGCUGCUGGGCAACUGCUACCAUGCUUUCUCAAAGACGACGUGACCGAAUCAAUCCGAGACCAGAAUCGUCAGCUAGCCCUGGAGUAUCUCCGCACUCUUUCCGACCGAGAUAUCGCGAGUGAGCAGGAGACGCUGAUAUCUGCUUGGGGCCAAGUCGCCCUCUCAUGUGGAGAGAGAGAACUCAACCUGGUCCUCCUACGCUUAGUCGACUACCUCGGCCAUACCAACUCACUGAUAUGUGGACUGGCAUUUUCUGAGAUUGAGACCAUUGCUGCCGCCAGGAAUCAAUCUCUGACAGACUUGUUUCAACCGUUCUGGAGGUCGAUCGCGGUCUCCAUAGUCCAGGAUCUCAAUUCGAAGCCGCACAAAGCUCAGCAAUUCUGCGAUCUUCUUAGUACGGAUAUCAACAGCUUCUUGGUUAUGACUCAACGCGAUACUCUUCCGUCGUUAGUGUUGACCAAGAAGAAAGAUAUCUUGCAGAGAAUUGUCGAUGCUCGAGGUAGCAAGUCUAUCCGCGACAUCUGCGCUCAGCCUAGGACCAACCUCGCGGCGAUUCUCACGGUUCUGCUCACACAAUCUGGGCCCGACACCGAAGAAGCCGCUUUUGCGUGUCUCACCGAGGUCGAUGAGGGCUUCAAGAACACCGACCUUUCAGGACUCAUCAAAGUUGAUUCCGUGUUAGUCGCCAGUGAGCUUCUCAAGCACUGCGGUGAAGAGAGCGAAAGCAGGAAGUCUCGAGCAUACCAAGCCUUUCAGACUUUCGCCAACAUCGAGCAAGCCGCACCUGGUCAACGCAAAGCACAUUCGAAAUCUAGUCGUGCUGUCAGCGCCUUCUUUGAAAGGUACAUCCUUGGUAUUCUGACGCUGUUCUCGACAGUGCUUGAGAGUGGAUCUGGCGGAGAGUCCACUUCAGAGAAGAUACGAUGCCUCAAGGCCAUGGCUGAGAUCUUCUUCCUUACCAAAGGCAAUGUGUCUACGGCACUUCCGCAGAUCCGUGCCUGUCUCCAAUCUGGACUUGAGCAACCUGAGCUCUGUCGAGUUGCAUACGCCGCGUGGCUAUCGCUCUUACCUCUACUUCCAAGCGAGGAUAUCGUCGACAUCGUCGACGAGACCUUUGUAGUCAUUGCGAGACAUUGGUCGUCACUUUCACCAGAACUACAACAGCAGACGCAUGGAAUGAUUGAACAGCUCGUCAAGACGCACAACACAGUCCUGCAGGAGAACAUCAUGACACUACCUUCCUUGAAAGGUAUCUCGCUUCUGUCGAAGUUUGCUGCAGAGUUUGAACGCCUCAAAAACCAAGAGAGCGUGGAGAGUCACAUCCGAGCUUUCACCAAGCGGAUUCGAGUCGACAGUGAUACUGUGGUGUUUCAAGCGCUCACCGAGCUCGUACCGUUCCUAGAAGCUCAGCAAGACUUCAUCCACGAUGAAGCAGCCAGUGAGCACCCGCCUGCAAUCCUGUCAGAACUACUCCGUGCGCUGCUUGAUGUCACUGUCAAGUAUUCCAAUAGCGAUGCCAAAGCGUCCGAGAUGUGUGGCAAGGCGCUGGGUAUCGUUGGUUCAGUCGAUCCAAAUCGCGUGGAGGCCACUAGGAAGAAGAGGCAAAUACUGGUACUUUCGAACUUUGAUCGUGCGAACGAAGUCAUCGAUUGGGUGAUGGCUCUAUUCGAAGAUGUUUUAGUCAAGGCCUUCAAGUCCGUCAGCAACUCGAGAGCUCAGGGGUUUCUCGCCUUUACUAUCCAGGAGCUGUUGCAGUUUUGCAAUUUUGGCGAACUCUCUGCUCUACGGCCCCGAAGCACUCAAGCCCCAGAUGCCAAUCAACGCUGGUACGAUUUGCCGGAGCACGUCCGCACCACCUUGACCCCUUUCCUUACAUCGAGGUAUGUUGUGACCAGCAACAGCACUGUCAGCGCACCCAACAGACAGUACCCGGGCUUUUCUCCAGAGACAAGCCACGCUCAAUGGCUGAGGUCAUUGACGUACGACUUGACGUUCAAGGCCAAUGGCGAUAACGCAAAAGCUGCAUUCCCGAUCGUGGCAAGAGCUGUCAAGGGAUCUGACAUCGCCGUCGCCCGGUUCGUCUUGCCAUACAUCGUGCUCAACGUUGUCAUUGGAGGCAUUGUCAAGGAAGCAGAGGGAUUGGCGGCUGAGUUCCUGGCUGUCCUGAAAGCAACGUCAUCCGUCCCAUCGCAGCAAGAAUGUAUUCGUCUUUGCAGUGAAAGUGUCUUCUCAGUCUUAGACUAUCUCUCGACUUGGCUGCGAGAGAAGAGAAAAGAGUUGGCAGAGACGAGGAAUACUGCCUACAAGACCGGCAUCUCACCUAGCGAAUUUGACGAGCUGCGUGACAUGGGCCAGAUCGAGACUGUCGAGAACUUCCUCAACUCAAUACCGGCAGAUGUCAUUGCCAAUCAGGCUGUCGAGUGUCGAUCGUACGCGCGAGCGCUCUUCCAUUGGGAACAACACAUCCGACAAGAGCGUUCCCUCAUUCCUUCUGGCCGACUAACUGACCAACACGAAGCCUUGUACGACCGUCUGCAGGACAUAUACUCACAGAUUGACGAGCCUGAUGGAUUGGAGGGAAUCGCUGCCAAGCUACCAAUCAUCAGCGAAGAGCAGCAAGCGAUGAACCAUGCGAAAUCAGGACGCUGGACUGCGGCCCAGGCAUGGUAUGAGCUCAACCUGGCGGAUCACCCUCUAGACGUUGAGCUGCAAUACCAUGUCCUGCGUUGCUUGAAAGAGACUGGACAGUAUGCACCGCUAUUGAGGUAUGCGGAUAGUUUUGUGGACUCUGCAGUGGACGACAACCAUCACCGUGCGGUGAUCGACGCACAUCUUCCUAUGGCAGCUGAAGCAUGUUGGAUGACUGGUGACAUGCAUGGCCUUCAGAAACGCUUGACUCUUCAAUCCAGUGAAGACAAUCUGGCUUUCAACGUUGGCAUUGGACGCUCGCUGCUUGGCGUGGUGAACACCGAAGGGGACGACUUCCUCAAUGAAAUCCGAUUUCUGCGAAGGUCCAUCACGGAAGGACUUUCAAUGGCUGGAACCGAUUCAUUGCACGUUUGCCACGGCGAAUUGGUCAAACUGCAAGCCCUAUAUGAGCUUGAAGCUUUGGCGACUGCCAACCCUGGCCAAGCGCCUGCAACCUUGAGGUCCCUUAGGCAUGGUCUCAACGCGAUGGGCUCGUACGUGCAGGACAAGCAGUACGUUCUUGGUAUACGACGCGCUGUCGUGAAAUUGCGGCAGGUAGAUUUUGAGGAAGCACAUGCCGGAGCUCUCUGGUUAACAACGGCGAGACUCGCUCGCCAGUCCAAGAACACCAGCAGUGCCUACAAUGCGGUGCUCAAAGCCUUCGACUGUGGAGAUCGGGGUGCUAAGCUCGAGGAAGCAAGACUGCUUUGGCAUGAUGGUCAUCAGCGGCAGGCGAUCCAGUCUUUGGAGGCCGCGAUCGAGUCUGGCAUCUUCAACGAACCUGACGCUGACCCAGAUACCGCCAUGGGUAACGGAAGUGUUAGCGUGAGCACUGCAUCUGGCGAAAUAAAUGGACAUAGACAGGACCCGCUCACAGGAAAGGCGCUGCUGAUACUUGCCAAGUGGCUUGAUGCAUCUGGACAGAGUCAGACGAAAGACAUGACUGAUCGGUAUCAAGUCGCAGCGAGACGCUUCCAACGCUGGGAAAAGGGUCACUACUAUCUCGGCAAGCACUACAGCAAGCUCAUGGACGCCCAAAAGGAGCAACCAAGAGACAAGCAGUCGCAGACUUACCUGACGGGCGAGAUGACGAAACUUGUUAUUGACAAUUCUCUUCGCUCGAUCCCGUUUGGCAACAAGUACUGGCAUGAGACUAUUCCGAGAAUCCUGACGCUCUGGCUGGAGCUUGGAAACAAUUCAAUCUCGCGAGACCGACACGAAGACCAAGGGACAUUCGACAAGCGUGUGAAGUCUUUGCAGGCGUGCAACAGGCAACUGCAGAAGUACUUUGAACGAGUGCCGGCGUAUGUGUUCUACCAUGCGCUCCCUCAGCUGAUCUCCCGUAUCACGCAUCCACAUCCUGAGGUCUGGAAGCAGCUAUGUAACAUUUUGACGAGGAUUGCUUCAUCACAUCCAAGUCAAGCGCUGUGGAGUCUCUUGGCUGUAGUCAAAGCCAGAGACAAAGGACGUGUUGAGAGAGGCACCGAGAUUCUCAACAAGCUCAAAGAUCCCAAGAACAAGCCGAAGAAUGCCGAUCAUUCUGGCUCCGACCUGCGGACUCUCAUCUCACAGGGCCAGAGACUCUCUGAUGGGCUGUUGCAAGCAUGUGAGCAGCCCGUGGAACCUCGUGCAGUGAAGGUCAGCCUGCAGAAGAAUCUACACUUCAACCACAAGCUGGCGCCAAGUCAUCUCGUGGUACCUAUCGAGGCGACACUCACAGCGUCUGCACCGAGUAACGCCAAUGCUGAGACUAUCCGACGCCACAAAGCAUUUACGCAGGACAAGAUCACCAUCCAAGCUUUUACCGAUGAUGUUCUGGUGCUCAACUCCCUCCAGCGUCCACGCAAGAUCACUGUCCGUGGCUCGGACGGGAAAUUAUAUGGACUGCUGUGCAAGCCGAAGGACGAUCUGCGAAAAGACCAGCGUCUGAUGGAGUUCAACGGUAUCAUCAACCGAGCACUGAAGCGCAACACGGAAAGCAGCAAGCGACGACUGUACAUCAAGACGUAUGCCGUCACUCCUCUAAGUGAGGAGUCGGGUACCAUCGAAUGGGUUGAGGGAAUCAAGCCGAUAAGAGACAUCUUGCUGAACCUCUACAAUCGCAAAGGUAUCCGACCAAACUACAACGAGAUCAAGAAGGACCUCGACGUGGCUUCGUCUGCUCAAGACCAUGCACAUGUCUUUGCAGACAAGGUGUUGUGUCAAUUCCCACCUCUGCUCCAUGAAUGGUUCACCGAGACAUACCCCGAGCCGGAUGCGUGGUAUGCCGCGCGGUUGAGGUACGCACGCUCAGCAGCAGUCAUGUCCAUGACUGGACAUAUACUCGGCCUGGGCGACCGUCACGGAGAGAACAUUCUCCUCGAAGAGAGCACUGGUGGUGUGUUCCACGUCGACUUCAACUGCCUUUUCGACAAAGGUCUCACGUUCGAGAAGCCAGAACUGGUGCCUUUCCGCCUCACACACAAUAUGACAGAUGCCAUGGGUCCAUACGGCCACGAAGGCCCCUUCCGCAAGUCCAGCGAACUGACACUCGGACUCCUGCGCCAAGAGCGUGAUACGCUCAUGACAGUGCUCGAGACGUUCCUUUACGAUCCGACGACAGACUUCGUCGGUAACAAGAAGAAGCGAUCGACGGCGGGAGUGCCAGAAACUCCGUCUGAGAUUCUUGAGAGCGUCUCUACGAAGUUGAAGGGAUUGUUGAGGGGCGAGACAGUCCCUUUGAGUAUAGAGGGGUAUGUGGAUGCUUUGAUCCAGCAGGCGACGGAUCAUUUCCGGCUGGCGAGCAUGUAUAUUGGUUGGUGUUCGUUCUUGUGA